CAGGAGGAGGAGGAUCGUGAAUGGUGCUCCACCUCGUCCUGAUCUUCACAGCAGCGUCAACUACAGCAACAACAACAACAGCAGCGUCAACAACGACAACAACAGCAGCGUCAACAACAACACGUCCUGCCGGCUCAUAAUGGGCGACCCUGGCAGCGUGCAGCGAUUGCAAGACGAGCACACGAAGGUGGUCUCGGAUUGCAGGGCCAAGAUACAGCACUGGGAGAAGGUUCGGAUGGAUUACAGUGUCUUGCGAGACCGUCUGAGCACCCUUCCCGAUCGCCUGCACUACAGCAUCAUGGUACCCAUGGGGCCCCUCGCCUUCAUGCCUGGCCACCUCAUUAAGACUAAUGAGGUGACGGUGCUGCUGGGAGACAAUUGGUUCGCCUCGUUAUCGGCCAAGCAAGCUGAGGGCAUCGCAGAGCACCGCAUGCAACACGUCCAGAAGACGAUAGACGACCUGGGCAGAGCGCAGGGCAGCAUUGAGUCCCGUCAGAGGUUCACCAGCGAGCUCGCAGGGCUCGACAAGGAAAGGGGAAAUAUGGAAAUACGGGAGGAGUUGACGGAGAAAGAUGAACAGAGGAAGAAAGGAAAGCCGCGGGUGGCCCACAGCCCCCACUCGGGGUCCCCCGCCCCUCCCCGCGAGACCCCGGCCGCACCUCCCGGCCCCCGUCACCAGCAAGAGGACGCGGAGGAGUUGAAUCGUAUCUGGGCGAGGCUGGAUGAGCUGGAGAGGGAGGAGGAGGCGAUGGAUGAAGUAUACAGGGCAGAAGAUAGCAACCCUGCUGAUGAUGAUGUUGUUGAUGGUGAUAUUGCUGAUGACAAUGCUGGUGGUGGUGGAGAUAUUUUGGAAGAUUCAGAGUCCAAUCAAAUACACCCUCACCUAUCGGUAACCACCAAAAGUUCUAAAGAGGAGUGGGAGGAGGCUGCGUUGGAUGGGGAGGGGCUUGGCGAAGACGUCACGGAGUGGGAGGGCACGCCCACCAUUCGCUUCUCUCACACUACGGAACCCAAGAAGGUGCGUAUCGACACCGGCAGGAACACGACGCUCAAGUUCAGCGAGCGGAGGGAGCAGCAGCAGCAGCAGCAUCGUCGGCGCAGGCACAGCGGUGGUAGCAAUGGCGGCACCACCACUCUCCGCUCCCCGGCCGACAUCUACAGGUGGUUCGUGGACGUGGCGAGCGGUCACCGCCGCCCACGUAAGUCCAUCCUGAAGUCGCGCAGCCACGAAGACGGUCUGGGUAGUGACGAGUUCAGCUACGGCAGCCACGGUGGGAGCAGCAGCAACAGCUACAGCGGAAGCAGCAACGGCAGCAGCAGCUACAACGGUAGCAGCAACGGCAGCAUCAGCGACUCCAUCAUUAGCGCUAUCAUUGCCGGUAGUGGUGGUGGUGGUGGUUGUGCCGGAGAUGGGGUCUUCCAUCCUUCAGAGGAGGGUGAUGGCGACACAGCCGGCGACAUCAUCGGCAACAUCGUCGGUAUGAUCACCGGUAACAAUAACGUCACCAGCGACGUCACCAGCAGCAGCAACAACAAUAACAUCGACUCCACCACUGCCAACUCAGCUGCCACCAACUCCACCACCAACAACAACAACAACUCCACCUGUGAGUCAUCCAUCACGAGUCGGUCGCCCACCACCACUGACAACAGCAGCGAGGAGGUGGAGGAGAUGUCAAGAUGUCAACUGCCUGAUGCGUUUUCUGGAGUUGUCUCGGAGAGAUCGGCACGGCCGUCCCGUGGCGCUCCACCGUCCCCUGGCGCUCCACCGCCACCGUCCCGUGGCGCUCCACCGCCAUCGCCGCCGCCGACAGCCACGGCACGCCACGACGACGGAAGGGGAGGAGGUGCGGAGGCGGUGGGUGACGGCUCGCACUCCGGCGAGCCUCCUGCUCCACCCAGACGCGUCUCCAAGUUCAAGGCGGAGCGACUCGCCUCGAUGCGGUGACGGCGACAACCACGCCGUGACGACGGUGCGGUGAUAUGGCGGUGACAUAGCGGUGACAAUGUAGCGGUCACGUGGCGAUGACGAAGGUGACGUAGCGGGGACGACGACGUGGUGACGUAGCGGUGACGACGACGUGAUGACGUAACGGUGACGUGGUGACGUAGCUGUGACGUAGUGGUGAUGACGUGAUGACGUAACGGUGACGCGGUGACGUAGCUGUGACGUAGUGGUGACGCGGUGACGUAGCUGUGACGUAGUGGUGACGACGUGGUGACGACGACGUGAUGACGUAACGGUGACGUAGCUGUGACGUGGUGGUGACGUGGUGGUG